GACUGCGGCCCCUUCUUAAGCCCGUGCCAACGACUGGCUGCCCUUCUCUCGCUUCUCCCGCCAGGUUCCCUCUCCGCGAUGGCCUCUGCACUGAGCUAUGUCUCCAAGUUCAAGUCCUUCGUGAUCUUGUUCCUCACCCCGAUCCUGCUGCUGCCACUCAUCAUUCUGAUGCCCGCCAAGUUUGUUAGGUGUGCCUACAUCAUCAUCAUCAUGGCUGUUUACUGGUGCACAGAAGUCAUCCCUCUGGCUAUCACCGCCCUCUUGCCUGCCUUGCUUUUCCCACUCUUCAGGAUUCUGGACUCCAAGCAGGUGAGCAUCCAGUACAUGAAGGAUACCAACAUGCUGUUCCUUGGCGGUCUCAUCGUGGCUGUGGCUGUGGAGCACUGGAACCUGCACAAGAGGAUUGCUCUGCGCACGCUCCUCUGGGUGGGGACCAAGCCUGCACAGCUGAUGCUGGGCUUUAUGGGCGCUACGGCCUUUCUCUCCAUGUGGAUCAGCAACACGGCCACCACGGCCAUGAUGGUGCCCAUCGUGGAGGCCGUGUUGCAGCAGAUGGAGGCCACGAGUGCAGCCACCGAGGCCAGCCUGGGGACCCUGGAGCUGGCAGAAAAGGGCAAGGCCGGCGAGCUGCCAGGGAACCAAGCAACUCUGGAAGGUCCCUCUGCGAGGCAGCAGGUGGUCAGCAGGAAGAACGUGUGCAAGGCCCUGACCCUGUGCAUAUGUUACUCGGCCAGCAUUGGAGGCACCGCCACCCUGACCGGGACGGGACCCAACGUGGUGCUCCUGGGCCAGAUGCAAGAUCUGUCCUGGGGCUGCAGCCUGGAAAAGAAGAGCGAGGAGAAGUCUGCGCACGAGGUGCUGCGGGCGGAGUACAGGAAGCUGGGGCCCCUCUCCUUCGCUGAGAUCAACGUCCUGCUCUGCUUCUUUCUGCUGGUCGGCCUCUGGUUCACCCGGGACCCCGGCUUCAUGCCCGGCUGGGUGUCGAUCGCCUGGGCAGAGGGAAAGACAAAGUACGCCUCCGAUGCCACCGUGGCCAUCUUUGUGGCCAUCUUGCUGUUCAUCAUGCCUUCACAGAAGCCCAAGUUCAACUUCUGCAGCCAGACCGAGGAAGAAAGGAAAACUCCAUUCUAUCCACCCCCUCUGCUGAAUUGGAAGGUGGCCCAGGAGAAAGUGCCCUGGGGGAUCGUGCUUCUCCUGGGAGGUGGCUUCGCUGUGGCAAAAGGAUGUGAGGCUUCCGGGCUAUCAGAAUGGAUGGGGAAGCAGAUGGAGCCCUUGCACACCGUGUCCCCGACAGCCAUCACCCUGAUCAUGUCCUCACUCAUUGCUGUGCUCACGGAGUGCACAAGCAACGUGGCCACCACAACCCUGUUCCUGCCCAUCUUUGCCUCCAUGUCACGUUCCAUUGGCCUCAACCCGCUGUACAUCAUGAUCCCCUGCACGCUGAGUUCAUCCUUUGCCUUCAUGUUGCCCGUGGCCACCCCACCUAAUGCCAUCGUGUUUUCCUAUGGACACCUCAAGGUUUCCGACAUGAUGAAAACAGGACUAAUAAUGAACGUCAUUGGAAUCACCUGUUCAUUUUUGGCCAUCAACACCUGGGGACGGGUCAUAUUUGACUUGGACCAAUUCCCUACCUGGGCUAAUGUGACAGCACACUGAGACUUUGGAAAAGUUGCAAGACCAUGACCACGGCUCCCACCCUCCCAAGGACUCUUGAACCUUCCAGUAUGACUUGCCACAGAGCUUUGGGGUCCAUGUCCCAAAGUGACCCCAUGAUGCCUGCACCCUAUGGAGACCCAGCCAACAGGCCAACUCUUCCUCCAGGCCUGGGGUCUCAGCUAGGGAUGGGCUUUGAGAGGGCAGGCUCCGAAGUGAAGGGAGCCUGCCGUGAGUAUGCUGGCGUCCGUCUUUGCUGGGGGCCUGCCAUCACCUCUGGGAUGGUCAAGGUCCCGUUCCCACUCAGCCUCGAGCUGGCCCCCUGGGGCUGGGCUCUGGGAUUCAUUUGUCAUCCACAUGGGAAUCAGAUCCCAGCUUGGGAGGUGAGAAAACAAACUUCCAGGCCCUGUGCCUCUCCCAGCUGCCCUUAGGCUGCCUCGGAUCCCUCCUGGCACUAGGAGGGGUCAAUCCACAGCCCAGGGACGGAGUGUCAGGUCCUGGGCAGCUCCCCACUGCUAGAGUGAGAGUGGGAACGAGAGCCUCCUGGGACCACUGGGAGUAUGGUGCCACCACCAUACUCAAGGAUGAGGAACUUGAGUUGCUAACUUCUGGAUGACACUACCUGCUGCACCCCACUUGUAAUCUGCUCGAUUGUAACUGACGAUUUAGACCCCCUCCCCAGCUCUGCAGGACACCUCCUCAGACCCCUUCGUGGUCUGGCUGACAUUUAUCGGGAUCCUCCCCAGCAGGUUAGUUUGGCUCUCCCAGAAGAUGCUUUCCUGCUCCAUGACAGCUGGGGUCACACUACACAUGGGCUCCUCUGGGCCCAUAGCUGGAGACCGAGGUCCGCCCUCACCUGCAGGUGCAGGGGGAUGGACAGCUGUUAACUGCCAAGAGCAGGCUUCCUUCAGAGUCUGUCUGUCAGGCCAGAGUUUGGGCUUCUCUGGGGAAAGCUCCCUUUGCUGAUUGGCCUUGACAGCCAAGCCUGGUACUGGCAGAGCAUCACUGAGAACCAGCAGCGCCCAGUGGUGCCCGAGCAGAUAGCCCCUGCCCAUGCGUGCAUCCACCUGAAGUUGUGGGAAGAAGACUCCAGAGUGGCCUGGGAACCCUCAGAACCUUGGGGAGAGAAGCGUGGGAGAGUUCUGUCCUCCUGACCACCAACCCAAUUUUCUUUCCUUCCUGUGCUCCGCCAUUGAUGUUAUUUCUCAGAGCAGGAGAAAGUCUGGGAACCUAAGGACCCCGAUUCUCUCUCCUCGAGGACCAAGCUUAUACCACCUGGUUCCUUGGGGUGGGGUGAUUCCUGACCGUCCUGUCUCCCAUGGGAGGUGCACCCGGCUGUCUCUGGCUUUCUGCUGUGUGCAGGACGGUGGGGUGGGGAGAGGCAGGUGGAUGAAUGAACACUUACACAUUGCCCACUUCCCGUGUGCCAGGCCUCCCCGUGCCCUGCUAAUGAUCUCAUUCAAUCUUUGCUGCAACCUGUGAGAUAGGCAGGUGUUAUUAACCUCCUCUGUCCUUCAUUAGUACUGGGGCUCAGAGAGGCCACAUCAUGUCCAGUAGUCACACAUCCAGUUAGUGGCAGCUGAGGUUCUGAUUCAGACCUGCCACCGCCAUGUCCACUGCUGCUUCCUCUAGCCAUUAAGGGCCUUGGCCUUGUAGGGCCUGUAGGGAAAGGUGGGUGACCAAGAGCAGGUCUACCCAAGGCCCUGCCUGCUCAGGGAUCAUCCACAAGAGCCCCUUGCUGCUGCCUCCUCUGAGAUGGGCUCAGGGCUGUCCUGGAACAGACAGGGGUGGUCUUUGCCCGAAGAAACAAAGCUUUUGGUUGGAGAGAGCAGCAUGGAAACGGGCCACCUGCUCUCCCACCAGGGUGAAACCGCACCACCCCUUUAUCACUACUCCCCACAUUGCUGCUGCUGACAUGUCUGCCCGCUCCACCUCCCUUGCCCCCCCAGUGAGGACUUGCACAGCCUGCUGGGUCCAGUGCCAGCACUACAGCAGGCCACCACAAGUGUGAUUAGUAAAUAAAUGAUCAGUAUGGUCAAUUAGAUGCACUCCUGGUGGUAAGUAAGCAAGGUCAGUGAAGGUCAUCCAAGUGGGCAGUGAAGGAUGAGUAAGACUGGCCGAGCUGAUGGGGGAGGAUGUGGUGGCAUGGGGGAAAGCGUGGGGAGAUGCCAUCUGAUUGAAGAGUGAUAAAGCUGGGUGGUGCUUCAGGAGAGCAGAUUCCAAGGUUGAGGAGGCUGACCAAAGGCUGUUUCUAAACAGCUUCUCUUGGAGUUGCACUAACACUUGUGGCCAGUGUCGAUCUGGAUUGUUUUCAGCUGCAAGUAAGAGGAAACCUAGCUAGCAGUGACUUAAAUUCUAAGGGCGGCAUUUGUCGCUCAGUCGUGGCCAACUCUUUGUGACCCUGUGGACUGCAGUGUCCCAGGCUUGCCUGUCCUUUACCAUCUCCUGGAGUUUGUUCAAACUCAUGUCCCUUGAGUUGAUGAUGCCAUCCUAUUAAGGGCAUUUUAUGUCUACUUAACAAGAAGUCUGGAGCUAGACAGUUACUGGCACAGGACCAGCAGCUCACUUGGGCCACCAAAGACUCAGGCUUGACCAUCCACUCUGCCAUCCUAAGGAUACUGUGGCUUUACUGUCAUGCUUGACUCACACUAUAUACACCUGCAUUGAAGGCAGGUGUACGGGAUGGGGGAUGGUAGUGCAUACUGCAUUUUCCCCUUUUGGUAGGAAAGCAAAUGUUUUCUCAGAAAGCCCCUACAGUCCUCCUUUUAUGUCUUGUCGGCCAGAACGAAAUCAUCUGCCCACAUUGAGGCCAAUUACUGACAAAGAGGAACUGGAAUACAUGAGACCAAUUAGGAUACAUCUUUUAGGCUUGGGAAAUUGGCCUAUGUUUCCUGAAAUCAAGCGAUAUCCACCUAAUAUGAAAUAUGAGUCUGGCAGGAGAAAAAAAAAGGCUGGGAGCCCUUGGGUAGGUGAUAAACCAGGGUCUGGUAUUAUGACUCUUUCAGAGGGCUGCCCUCACUGCAGGGUACUUGAGUGGCUCCCUUUCCAUGGAAUUCAGUAGAAACACACUCUGUAAGUGUUUGGUCAAGAAUUUCACCUCUGCCUCCACUUCCAGGAGAACCACUGGUUCAGGAGGCUAGAGUCUGAGUCAUGGACCAAGCUCAGUCCUGAUGUCAGAUACUGAAUAAGUAAGCCCAGUCUCUGAGCCUCAGUUUCCAUCAGGGAGGGGCUGGACUAGAGCAUCUGUCAGGAGGGCCUUUCCCCAGAGUCAUGUCAACCCUUAGCCCACUGACCCUUCACUUGCUUGGGCCAGGUGCAGCCCCAUGGUGUCUCAGCUUAAAGCCUGUUACAUGGCGUGUUCCCUGCCCCCAUCUGGGUCUCAGCCAUUUGCUGAAAAACUCUGAAAGAUUUUCCCCAUUGAUAUUUUGCCUCUUCCAUUUUGUUAAGAGGUUCAACCCGAGACCCUUGAUUUCUCUCAGCACAUAUCAGACAUAUGGGCCCAAGGUGAGCUGAACACAUAUCUUGACCAUAUGUGUUGCUCUCUGAACUGUUUUGCCAAGCACUUAGGACUCCACAAGGAUGCUAUGCAUUCCAGGGUUCCUUGUUGGAUCCUGGAAUUGGGAUCCUUCCCUGUCCCUCUGAGCUGAGAACUUCCUUAGGGCCUCCUCUGGCAAAGCCAGUGAGCAGGGCAUCUCCCUGGCAGGUGAAGUCUCCUCCCUACCAUUGCUAAUGCACAAAAAUUAUGGAUAAUGAAGCUGUUGCUCUGCAGGGAGUCAGCACAGUGGCACAGAGUCCAGUUCUCAAAAAGAAUACAGACAUUCUCAGGUAGGACCCUUGAUGGCACAUUCUUGUUUCUGGAAAUAAAGACCAAACACUGGAUUGUCUGGUUAAAAACUACACCUGGCAGUCCUAUUCUUAGCUCAGAACUCCUAGGGUACUGUCUCCCUUGGUCCAGUAUCAUCUUAAAAGCCUUGUUUUUUUUCCACCAAUGAAGCAUUUUUUCACAUUCAAAAAAAAUUUCAUCAAGAUAAAUCUUCCACAUCAUGGGAUGGGUUUUUAUAUUCUUCAACAGAAAGCUUAUCAUUUAUGGCUGAAAUCCUUGUGCCCAGAUAGAUAGAUACUUGCUUUAUUUCCCGUGGUGUCCUGACCCAGGAUUCAGGUUCUCACUUCCCUGCCCUGGGCAUGCCUUCCAGGAGCUUCUCUGAUAGGCUUGUGCACAUGCUGACCUCCACUUUCAGAGACACAGGCCUCCCACUGCUGGGCAGUAUUAGAGCAGCAGUUUUGUCUCUGCUUCCAGCUACCAGAGAAAGCUUCCCUGGUGGCUCAGAGGUAAAGAAUCAGCCUGCAAUGCAGGAGACCUGGGUUCAAUCCCUGGAUC